AAACUGCUUGUAUACACGUUAUAACGGUUAGAACAAAGUGCUUUUAGAAUUCUAACGGUUUUAACGGUAGGUUCUCGUGCCUCAGAACCACACUACUGGGGUUACAUCAGGCAUUUUGUGUCUGGUUGACAGAAAUUGUGUUUAAGUGAUCAAAUGUGGUCCUGUCCGUCCUGUUCACCCCCACCAGUAGCAUCCCGUCUCCAUCAGCUGUCGGAGGAUGUUGCCUCGGAGGCAGAUAUGAUGUAAUCCCCACCAGGAGAGAGGGAGGGGGGCAGAGCUGGAGAACAGCCGCACAGCACGGAUGGAUCUCGGCUUAAACUUCAUUUAAUAAUAACGGCUAUUUAGAAUAACGGUUAGUAACGGAUCCGUGUUGGAGGAGUCAUGCCGAGGAGAGGAGGCUGGAUGCUGAACCCUCAUCUGCCGGGAAUGCUGCUAUAAUUAACCCGGUUCUCUCCCACCAUCCUCCAGGAGAAAAUGACCCGCACUCCGCCUCCAUCGUCGAUAUCUCCCCGCCCCAGCUGUCGCCUUUUCCCGCCCGGGAUGACCGUGAUCCCCGCUCCUGUAGGCCCUUAUCGUGGAUAAUUUAAUCACCUCUAAAGCGUCUUUAAUGAUAUUUUGACCUGCUGUGGUGGCUUUUAUUUCGUGAAUACACCUUUAACCAGAAUUGGAUGUAGUUUUGGGGAUAUUUUCCUUGCUUUAUUCGCUUGUUCCAGCCACCCUGCGGGGGGAAUGAUCAGCCUCCAUCCCUGGAAGUCCUGACAACCAGAAAACGUGGAGGAGGAGGGAGGGGGGGGGGGGGGGGUGGACUCUUCCAGUUCAGGUUUAAACCAUGGCCAAUGAACCUGUCAUCCUCAACGUGUAUAAUAUGUACUGGAUAAACGAGUACACUUCCAAUCUGGGCAUUGGAGUCUUCCACUCAGGCAUCGAGAUUUAUGGCAGAGAGUUUGCAUACGGGGGCCAUCCGUACCCUUUCAGCGGGAUCUUUGAGAUCACUCCUGGGAACACCGCGGAGCUGGGGGAGACAUUCAACUUCAAGGAGGCCAUAGUUCUGGGCACCACGGACUUCGCGGAGGACGACAUGAAUAAGGUCAUGGAAGAGAUGGGCAGAGAGUUCAAAGGCAACGCGUACCACCUGAUGCACAAAAACUGCAACCACUUCUCCUCCUCGCUGUCCGAGCUGCUGUGUGGGCGUGAGACCCCGCGCUGGGUGAACCGCCUCGCCUACUUCUCCUCCUGCAUCCCCUUCCUGCAGAGCUGCCUCCCCAAGGAGUGGCUGACCCCCGCCGCCCUGCAGACCCACAUCAGCCUCCACAGAGAGGAGCACCGUGAGUCCAGCGACGAGGACCCUUCGUCCCCCACCGACAACUACAGCUGCCGCCACACCAGGGUCUGAAACACCCUCAGACGCUCAGAGGGGAUUUAGUGGGAUCGAACAACCAGCUGACCUCAGACCGAUGGUCCUCAAAGGAAAGACUCAUAACACUGGGAUUUAAGACCUCUGUACGACAGGAUAGCAAACUCUUCCUCGGACUCUUGUAGAUCUGAACUUUGUAACUAUUCGGCUCUUUUUCCACAAACUGUUAAACCUCUGUCAGCCUUGCUCCCGUAAGCCUUCAGAGCUGCUUUUGUAGAACGACUAGACCUCCGAAUCUGCAUAACUCCAAUAAGUCCUUGAUAACCUCUCUGUGGCCUUCAGCUGAUAUCUCUUUCAGUGGAAAUCACAGCGUUAACGUUGAACUCAGUGGCGGACUGGCCAUCGGGAUGUUUGGGACGAAUCCCGAUGGGCUGGUACUGAAGUGGGCCGGUCGGACGAUGUGGGCCGGUCGGAUAAGUCACUAGCUUACCCCCCCCCCCCACCGUUGCCAAUUUACUCUCGGUACUUACUUGUGGUAUUUACUAGCGGUAUUUACUUGCGGUACCGAGGUGGGCCGGUCGGAUAAGUCACAAGCUGAUGUUGCAUGUUGAAGGAAUUCACAAGAACGUACAAAUAACCAGCGUUGCCAGAGAGGGAAUGUUAGACUAUCGUCCUGGAGGCUUAGAAAUGGGGAUAUGAUCGUACGCAAAUCAUAACCACGAGGACCAAUAUGUGUACAUUUGACAAAAAACACUUUUGACCCAUGAUUGGCUCGAAAUGAGUCCCGUGAGAAAAGAUGCGUAAAGACAGACGUAGAAAUGACAUUAUUUUAUCAAGCUGGUCCUGACUUUAACCGUGAAUGUCACAAAUUGAUCGUACAUGAUGGCACUUUUUGGCAUUAUUGAUUGUACAGAAAGCAAGAUUAUUAUAUGAUGAAUCCCAAAUGUAAAAAGGGUCGCGGUGGUAUCCGUAAAUUGUACUAUUAGUUGAUAACAGAAAAUGAUUGAGCUAUACAGUUCGAUGAUAUAAAGAUUAUUGACGAUAUAUCCGUAUAUUGGACAAUAAGUCGAAAACGUAAAAAUUACCAUGAUCCCCCCCAUACUUACACAAGUGGGGGCCAAGAAUUUUAAAUGUAAUAUGUUAUAUCCUAUAAUUCGAAAAACGUAAAAGAUUAUCAAGGUCCUUACCAUACUUUACGACAAGAUGAUGUUAUUGUAUUUUUAAGAAAAUGAUUGUUAACCACGAGAACAAAUGGCUGUGAUUGUAUAACUUUAAGAAAUGUAACGUUGCAGAGUUCUAAUUUCAAGCAAAAUGUACAAAAGGCAAGAUUAUUGAAAAAAAGUACAUAAAACAUAGUGUGGGGGAAACUUCUGAAGCAAUGGGAGUCAGGACUCAGAGACACGAGGAGAGCUGGAGCUUUGAUGACAAACACUGACGGUUUAUUUGGAGCUUCGGCCGGAGAAUUCACAAGACAUGUCACGGGCCACGAGUUGACCACACGGUUGAGAUGCCACAAUCAGUUCUGAAGAGCCCUCCUGUAGCUCCAGGUUUUAACUAGUUCAGAGUGUAAUAAUCAACAUUCUUCAAUAGAGAGACUAAACAGCUGAGGACAUUGAAUCACAUUUGUUGUCGCUUAUGGCUCGAGGUCAUCUCCAUCCCGAGGAGGAUGUGUUCCAGGUGUCCCACAACAAUAACUAUCUCUGACCGAAAGUUGCCCGGUCACAAACUGGUAACAUCAACAACUUGCUAGGGCAGCCCCUCCUUAAGGGAGAUAACGGCUGCUCAAGGCUGGUCAGCUGCGUCAGAGGGCGAAGGAGGACAUGCAGGGCAAAUUAUUCCCCAACACAUAGAAAUAUGAGAGUUAUUGUACAACUGGCAAUGCUGGUCGCCACAUUUCUGAUUACAGAUUCAAGUAUUUCUGUUUUUAAACCAACAAACGGGGACAGUCAUCACCAAUCAGGGGAACUGUUCAGAACAUCAGACACAAAGAGAAGCUGCUACAAGGACUAUAAUUGACUUUGUGAUGCAGUACAACUUUUGUCUACGCUUUUAUAUACAAAUGGUCUUUAUAUGAUAACGGUGCGUUAAUUUUCAGGAUAUGGAAAUGUCAAUUUACACCCGGGAAAUGUUCCUCUGUGAUACUGCUGUUCACCUUUUCCAACAAUAACACUGAAACCUGAGACUUUAUCAGUAUUGUCCUUUAAAUCACAGUUCCCAUAACCCAAAAGUAUUUAUUUUUCCUUUUACCUGUUGUUCAAUUGAUCAAUCUAUAUUUCAUGUAACAGGGUCCUGCGGCCUAAAGGCUUUUACUGGUAAUAAAACAUGUCUUAAAUCAACCUUU